AUGGCGGCUUCGGUCCUUGGAAAGCGCACCAGGAGUGCAGUCCCCUCUGCAGCCAACAAAGAUUCGAAAACCACGACGCGAUGCACCAGAAACAGCCAAUUUGUAGUGCUGGACAACAGCGAAAAGGAAAAUCCCUUCGUCACCCCGAAGAAGCCGCGCACCCCGAAAAAUGUCGAUUUGGGAGCCGACGAACUCGCCGAUGAGGACCUGCCCGCUAAGCGCAUGAGAGGAAGUCCUACGGUCCCGGCGAAACAUGGCGCGAUGCAGGGCAGGGUCGCGCUGUCUCCGGCAAAGAUCAAUUCGCACUUCAAGACUGCCAAAGUCAACGUGAGCACGGACGCGAAGACUUCGCAUGACGCGACUCCUUCCACGCCUCGGCACCGCGACGCGUGCGCGAAUAAAGUCGCAGUGACCCCCCGUCACCGCGUGUCGGUCUCGAGCAAACCUCUAACGCCGCGCACUCCCCGCACGCCGACGACGCCGCGGGCCUCUGCCACGACCAUCUACAACGACGCGCGCCAACUCUUCAUCCGUGGUUCUCAGCCGGGCCAAUUGAUCGGUCGCGAAGAAGAAAGAGACGAAUUGCAGCAAUUCGUGUCUUCACGCGUCGGUCCCAGAAAGUCCGGAUGCCUGUACAUAUCCGGCCCUCCCGGCACCGGAAAGAGCGCCCUGGUCAGCGAGGUUUGCCAAGAGCUUGAUGACGCCACGGUAAAGAGGGCGUACAUCAAUUGCAUGAGCGCAAAGAGCGCGAGCGAGCUCUACGUCAAGCUUUUGGAGGAAAUCGGCGAGGCGGAUGAUGUCUUGGAGGGCACAGAACAGGAGACUCUACGAAAGAUCAUGUUCAGGCGUGAGGUAUCUUAUGUGGUCACCUUGGACGAGGUUGACUACCUGCUCGAGCUGGAUCUCGAGUUGCUCUACAACAUCUUCGAGUGGGCCAUGCGGCCAAAAUCGAGCCUCAUCCUUCUGGGCAUCGCGAACGCUCUAGAUUUUACCGAUCGCUUCCUCCCUAGGCUAAAGUCUCGCGGCCUGAAGCCUCAGCUUCUUCCCUUCAUGCCAUACACGGCCUCCCAGGUUGCUGCAGUCAUCAACUCGAAGCUCAAGGGCCUCCUUCCCACCGACACCACCGCUUCGGCCGACUUUAUACCGUUCCUCCACCCGACGGCAAUCCAGUUUCUCGCCAAGAAGGUUGCUGCUCAGACGGGGGAUCUCCGCAAAGCGUUCGACAUUUGUAGAAGGGCCAUUGAUAUGAUUGAGUCGGAUACACGUGAGCAGCACGCGAGGAAGUCGGCGGAGGAGAGUUCGGAUCCAGUUGCUACGCCGUCCAAGACCAUUCUCAUUGAGAACAUGAACCUCUCUUCGCCUGCUCGGACGCCCACGAAGACUUCUCGGCAUUCAGCUGUGGCAUCCUCCCUUUCAAAAUUAAGGGUGGAAACAGCCCCCCGCGCGACGAUUGCUCACAUGGCACGCGUUACUGCCGCUGUCUUUAGCAACGGAACCACUCAACGCCUUAAGAACCUCAACUUACAACAAAAGGCCGUUCUCUGCGCACUUUCGGCUCUCGAGAAGAAGCUUCGUGAUGGCGCCGCCAUGGUGCCUCCUUCUACGCCGUCACGGCACCAAUCUGCGGCUGUAGCUGCGCCCACGAUUAAGGCUUUGUACGACGCUUACGCUAGUCUUUGCAAGCGGGACAAUGUUCUGCACCCUCUUACCAGCACCGAGUUCCGCGAUGUAGUUGCCAGCCUGGAGACUUUGUCGUUGAUCUCCGCGCUUGAGGGAAAUGGCAAAAGUGGCAGCUUCUCUGUCCCAUCAACGCCGAGCAAGCGAGGUGGCCGCGGUGGUGGGGGCUUCAGCGCGGGCCUUGUGGAGGAGAAGCGGGUUUCGAGCAGUGUCGGCUUGAAGGAGUUGAGCGGCGCGCUGGAUGGUCCCGGUAGCGGUGUACUAAGGGGCUUGCUCAACGGAGAAGAUGUUGCUUGA